UAAAUAUGUCGGCAGGUUCUUUUCGGUUCAGCUCCCUCACGCACUGCGUCUGGGGCUCUCCUGUGGGCAGAGAGUCUGUCAGCUUGGUGGCUGCACCAUGAAUGCAGUGACCUUUGAUGACGUGCAUGUUGACUUCACUUGGGAAGAAUGGACUUUGCUGAAUCCUUUCCAGAAGAAACUCUACAAAGAUGUGAUGGUAGAGACCUACAGAAACCUCACUACUAUAGGAUAUAAUUGGGAAGACCAUAAUAUCCUAUAUCAAAGUUCUAGAAGACGUGAAAGGGUGUUUAUCACAGCAGCAGAGAGCAAACAAGAAUACAGUCAGCAGCUACUGCCCGAGCCCUCUCCCUCGGGCCCACUUAAGCGCCUUUAA